CCGGCUCAGCGUUCUGCAGGUCCCGCGCUGCCUUGCUCCCUUAGUUCUCUGUUCCUGCACUGAGAGGCCGGCCUCGCGGGCGGACACCUUUUGGAGAGUUUGCGCUGGAGCUCGGGCAAGUUUCUUCCCCAGCCCGCACUGCCGGAGUGGUACCUGCAACAGCUCCAGGGACGGAUGCCGAGGUUAAUCUGUGGAAUGAGCCCCAGGAGAUCAAGAAAACAUUAAAACUCCAUGGUGAAAUAGAUCUUGCAGUUUUUGGAUUCAGACAUGAAGAGAAACACAGUUGUCUGAAGUGGUCAUGAAAGCCAAACAAAUCUUCUUCUCUGUUCUGCUGUUUGGGACAGCAGGGCUUCUGCUCUUCAUGUACUUGCAAGCAUGGAUUGAAGGACAUUAUACAGGGAGAAUAGAGAGGAAGAGAGAGCAGAGAGCAGCAUCGGUGACUACAGGAAAAAUCCAGAAACACAUCACCAAUCAGUACUCUGAGGUUCACAUGCCUGAAGAUCUAAAGAAGAAAAGGGGAAAUCUACUCAACCUGGAGAGACCCACUAGGGUUUUAAGGAAAAGCAGCCAUUCACAAAGGGAGGACCGAGCUCACAGAUCAUCAACUGAAACACAUCAAGUUGCUAAGAUUCGACAUUUUCAGAAACCCAUCCAGAUGGACUGGCCACUGGUCACUCGGCCCUUAAACAAAAGUUCAGUCCAAGGCAACAAAUGGAAGAAAGCAGAUGAAACCCAAGAGAAACGUAGAUCCUUCCUUUAUAAGUUUUGCAAGAAAUAUGGUGGAGUAAAUGAUCCCAAAUCCAACCUUUUUCAUAUAGUAUCCAGGAUAUAUGUAGAAGACAAACACAAAGUCCUAUACUGUGAAGUACCAAAGGCUGGCUGCUCUAAUUGGAAAAGAAUUCUGAUGGUCCUAAAUGGAUUGGCUUCCUCUGCGUACAAUAUCUCCCAUGAUACUGUGCACUAUGGCAAGCAUUUGAAAACACUAGACAGCUUUGACUUAAAAGGCGUACACAUGCGCUUGAAUACCUAUACCAAAGCUGUGUUUGUUAGAGAUCCCAUGGAAAGAUUAGUGUCUGCAUUUAGGGAUAAAUUUGAGCAUCCCAAUAGUUACUACCAUCCAGUGUUUGGAAAGGCAAUUAUCAAGAAAUACCGACCAAAUGCCUCUGCAGAAGCAUUAAAUAAUGGAUCCGGUGUCAAAUUCAAAGAAUUUGCCUACUAUUUGCUGGAUGCUCACCGUCCAGUAGGGAUGGAUAUUCACUGGGAAAGGGUCAGCAAACUCUGUUAUCCAUGUUUGAUCAACUAUGAUUUUGUAGGGAAGUUUGAGACAUUAGAAGAAGAUGCCAAUUACUUUCUACAGUUGAUUGGUGCUCCAAAAGAGUUGAAAUUUCCAAACUUUAAGGAUAGGCACUCCUCUGAUGAAAGAACCAAUGCCCACGUGGUAAGGCAGUAUUUAAAAGACCUGAGCACAGCCGAAAGACAGCUCAUCUACGACUUUUAUCACUUGGACUAUUUGAUGUUUAAUUACACAACUCCACGUUUGUAAUUUGCAUUCAUUUUCUACAGCCCCGCAUAGACUUAAUGAUGAUGGUCUCAAAUCAGCUACUGUAAUUGUCCUACCAUUCUCUGUAUGGAGGAAAUUUAGCUAAGUGAAGUUGCCAUGAUUCAAUGAAGAUUUUUUUUUUUUACCAAAGAGUAUGACAGCAAUUGGCACAAAGUUAUUGGAAAAAGCAUCUCAAGGAGACAUGUAAACAACUUGAUGUGCUUUUAAAUGUUGGGAAAAGAACUGUUUUGGCAUUGUAGCUUAUACUGUGGAAGCAAUAACCUAGCCAGCUGUUACAUUAACCAAGAAAGCCUCUUGCAUGUAAAAUAAAAGAGUCAAAAUGGC